AUGCUUCAGAGUUCCACGCUUUCAGGUGUCAUACAACACGCUUUAUGUACCUCCCUCAAAGGUGGAACAAGAGAAUUGACAGCGAAACAUUUCUCAUUUUGUUCCGCUACACCGCCCGGAAUCGGAGGACAGGAGCAAUCGGAGAUAACGACUGAUAAAGCCGGUGAUGAAGAUCCUUCACAUACCGUGAUAAUUGAUGAGGCCACGAAUGAGGCAGCAGCAGUGGACCCGGCUGAACCCCAUAAGAUUUUUGGGGUUGCACAGGAGAACGGCGUUCACCUUAAGUUCGUCCUUACUACCCACCACCACUGGGACCAUGCUGGUGGAAAUGACAAGAUUAAGGAGCUAAUUCCCGGGAUUAAAGUGUAUGGCGGUUCUGUUGAUAAUGUCAGAGGUUGUACAGAUAAAUUGGAAAAUGGUGAUAGAAUCUCACUGGGGGAUGAAACCAGUAUAUUAUCCCUUCACACACCUUGCCACACACUAGGACAUAUAAGCUAUUAUGUUACUGGGAAGGAUGGAGAAGAUCCUGCUGUCUUCACCGGAGACACACUGUUUAUUGCUGGUUGUGGUAAGUUUUUUGAAGGUACUGCAGAACAAAUGUAUCAAUCCCUGUGUGUGACAUUGGGUUCACUACCAAAGCCAACAAAAGUUUACUGUGGUCAUGAGUACACAGAGAAGAACUUGCAGUUCGCUCUUACAGUUGAACCUGAUAACGAGAAGAUCAAGCAAAAAUUUUUAUGGGCUGAACGACAGGUAAGGACAGGCCUUCCAACUAUUCCAUCGACGAUUGAGGAAGAACUGGAGACAAACCCAUUCAUGCGUGUUGAUCUUCCGGAAGUUCAGGAGAAAGUUGGUUGCAAGUCGCCUGUUGAUGCUAUAAGGGAGAUCCGGCGGCUGAAGGAUGCCUGGAAACCGACCAAAUGA